AUGGAUAGCAGCGUCGUAGAGAAGGGAGAGGAAGACGAAGGAGGAGAGGAGACUGGCAAGCAAGAAGAACCUGACCAGCCUAACGACAAAGCAGCUUCCGAACAAGAGAGCCAGGCGAAGCCAGGCAAAGAGCCAGAGGCAGCCACGACUGAAUUCAGUCCUCCCAAGCGCGAAAAGCCUGCCGUGAUCGAGGAGCGAUCUGGCCUUAUCCAAUUCCGCGUGGUUACCAAUGAUGGGAAGCCAGAGUCCCUUGUGAUCUUGACGGGACUCAAACACAUUUUCAUGAAACAGCUACCAAAGAUGCCCCGUGAAUACAUCACACGUUUGGUCCUCGAUCGAAAUCACUGGAGUAUGGCGAUUGUGAAACGAGGUCUGCAAGUGGUAGGCGGAAUCACCUAUCGACCUUUCCCUCAUCGAGAGUUUGCAGAAAUUGUCUUUUGUGCCAUCUCCAGUACAGAGCAAGUGAAAGGUUAUGGCUCCCAUUUAAUGAACCACUUGAAAGACUAUGUGAAAAUUGUCUCCCCUGUAAAGCACUUCCUAACGUACGCCGACAAUUAUGCCAUCGGCUACUUCAAGAAGCAAGGCUUCACGAAGGAGAUUUCGUUGCCGCGCUCAGUGUGGGUUGGCUAUAUCAAGGAUUAUGAAGGUGGUACAUUAAUGCAGUGUACGAUGGUGCCUCGUGUACAUUACCUUCAAGUCCAUGAUUUCCUUGCGGCUCAGAAGAAACUCAUCCAAGCACGCAUUAGCUCCUUUUCUCGUUCACAUAUUGUAUACCCCGGACUCGAAAUCUUUAAAAAGAACAAAGAUCAGAAACAGUCCAAUGCUCUCCAUGGGCAACAAGUCAAGCUCAUCGUGCAGCCCAGUGAAGUACCAGGCUUAAGUGAAACUGGGUGGACGCCGGAAAUGGACGAGCUAAGCCGGCGCUCCAAGCGGGGCCCUCACUUUACAGCGAUGCGCCAUAUCUUGGUGGAACUCAAUGGACAUGCCAGCGCAUGGCCCUUUGUGGCACCUGUGAACGCGAAUGAUGUGCCUGAUUACUACACAGUCAUUAAAAACCCCAUGGACUUAUCGACUAUGGAAACCAAAUUGGAAAACAACCAGUAUGAAACUGUGGAUGAUAUGGUCAAAGACGCACAACUCGUGUUUGAUAACUGUAAGUUGUACAACCCGGCCUCCUCGCCCUAUGCCAAGUGUGCCGUGAAAUUGGAAAAGUUUCUAUAUGAAAGACUACCCCAAUGGAAACAAGCAGCUGGAUUGGCAUAA